CCUCUCACCCUUGUCUAAUAAACGCUCAGAUAAUCGGCCCUUCUCUCGUGUAUAGGCGGGAAGAAAGAGAGGGGAAAAAAAAGAACAGGGAACAAUGCCGCAUGAAAGUACUAUCAAUCGCACAACGAAAGUUAUACUCACUUUAUGCGGUAUAUGGCCAGGUGCCUGGUGCGUGAUAAUAUUCAGGGCUUAUUGGAUCAUUGCACUAGCGACGGACGAAUUCUGUCACUAUCGUUACUUUUUAAUACACUGGCAUACCGAUGAUGUGUUCGAUUUAGCGGACUGCCUCAGCAGUUUCAUAGCGCAGCUCAAACUGAUCACCAAGUUCUCAGUCUUUUGGUUGAAUCAACGAAAAUUUAUCAAAAUUCUGACAAUGAUGGCGGAAGACUGGCACGACAGCGCCAACAAUGAUGUCAGCAUGCGCGAGACAAUAUGCAAAGCAAAAUUAUCAAGUCGUAUCACUAACGCGAUGGUGACCCUUCACGCGUUAGCGAUUGUUACGUAUAGCAGCGGAAUGAUUCUGGCCGACGUCGAUACCAACGACGGCGAGAGCGCGCCGCCCCUUCUCUUAAAGGUGGAAGUCCCUAUUGAUAUACACUCGCAACUUAGGUAUAAAGUACUAGUAACCGCGCAAUUUACGUACCUCUUGAUAGCCGGCUGCGGGGCUGGCUUGGUGAACGCUCUACUCUUAACUUUGAUUUUGCACGUGGGCGGUCAGAUAGACAUCUUGCGUGGCUGGUUGACUGAACUUGUGCCCGGAGAUAACGAGCACAGAGAAAAACACGAAUCUGUCAUCGCCAUGACCAAGAAAAUUAUUCAAAAACAUCAAAAAAUUAUCAUUUUUUCCAAGCACAUUGAGGAUUUGUACACGUAUAUCACGUUGGUACAAUUCGCGUCGAAUACAUUGCUAAUGUGCGUGCUGGGGUUCCUUACCGUAACUUCGAUUGGUAAUUCCGAAGCUGCGGGGGUAGGAAAAUCUCUUUUAUUUUAUACCGUGACGACCCUCGAAGCGUUUGUAUUUUGCUUCGCCGGAGAAUAUCUGAAAAACAAGAGCAAGGAGGUGGGAAUCGCGGCGUAUGAUUCCGCGUGGUACAAACUGAAACCCGAAAUUAGUCGGAUCCUGAUAUUAGUGAUAUUGAGAGCACAGAAGCAAUUGACGCUCACAGCGGGCAAAAUGAUGGAUCUCUCAUUAGAAUCCUUUGCAAACAUCAUGAAAGCCUCGGCAUCGUACAUGUCGGUGAUGUUUGCGAUGCAAUAAACAUUGUAUUCAGCGCGAGGAGUUUCGAACAAUAGUCGUGAAGCAUGUGUCUCGAGGGACAUGCGAAUAUGUCUUCACUAGUGAUAUAUACAAGUGACACAACGUGCUUCUCUGUGUGCAUGAUCUCCGCUGUGCGGAGAAUGAAAAUUGCACGACCAUGAAAUAAUACAAAGCUAUAGUUUUUCCCAAGUCGUUGUUCUUAGAAAGACUCUUUCACAGAACCCGAUAUGCCGAAAC